GUUGCAUUCUCAUUCAGUUCACGGCGGUUGUUCGGUCGGUGGACAGACAGACAGACGGUCUCUUUGAUCAGAUAGAUCGGUGAUUAGGACUCAGAUUAAAGAGCCUGUGCUUUUUCAGCAAUGCGCCGAACUUUUAUGAGUGAUGAUUGUGUCGCAUUUUUUUGUGUUAUUGUGGAUUAAUUUGCCAGUUUAGAAAAAUGCGUCUCACGGAGUUGUCCGGGAGAAAAUCUAGUGCAAUGCAGUUUUUCUAUUACAUCGUGCUGAGCAUCUUCUCCAUAAAUUCAACGGGAGCAGCACGGAGGUCGCCGAUAAACGGCACAUGGAUACGAAUGGGCAUGAUGAUGGAUGAAAAAAUGCAAGGUGAUCAAGGACCACCAACAUGCCACACACUUCCGGGUUUGAGUCCCGGACAAAUCCGGCUCUGUCAAUUGUACAUGGACCAUAUGAAUGCUGUGGCAUUGGGGGCUCGUCAGGCGCUAUCCGAGUGUAAACAUCAGUUUGAAAAUCGCAGGUGGAACUGUUCUUUACUGAAUGACGUCAAUGUCUUUGGUCCAGUUAUAACAAUCGCUAGCCGCGAAUCAGCAUUUGCACACGCUCUAGCUUCAGCCGGAGUGUCUUACGCCGUUUCAAGAGCUUGCAGAGAUGGUCAACUUGCAUCUUGUGGAUGCUCAAGAAUGGGACGACCAAAGGAUUUACGAAAAGAUUGGGUAUGGGGCGGAUGUGGCGACAAUUUAGAGUAUGGAUACAAAUUCACACAAAACUUUGUAGACGUUCGGGAAAAGGAACGCAAAUUUAAGAGAGGAUCCAAGGAGCAAGGACGCAACCUUAUGAACUUGCACAACAACGAGGCUGGGAGAAGAGCAGUCAUCAAGAAGUCGAAAGUUACUUGUAAAUGUCACGGAGUGUCAGGUUCUUGUUCUUUGAUAACUUGCUGGCAGCAACUCGCCACGUUUCGAGAAAUCGGCGAUUAUUUGCGUGAUAAAUACGACGGAGCUACCGAGGUGCGCAUCAACCGUCGUGGACGUCUCCAACUCCGCGACACGCGUUUUCGAGUGCCCACCGCCUACGACCUCGUCUACAUGGAGGAUUCCCCCAACUAUUGCAUCCGCGACGAACGCGUGGGUUCCUUAGGGACGCAGGGCCGUACUUGCAACAGGACAUCACAGGACCUCGACGGUUGCAACCUUUUGUGCUGCGGUCGCGGCUACAACACCCUCAAAUCAACGAUCAAGGAACGCUGCCACUGUAAGUUCAAGUGGUGCUGUGAAGUCGAGUGCAAGACGUGUGUGCGAUCAGUGGACGUGCACACGUGCAAGUGAUUUGUACUUGUACAUACAUACAAAGAAAAACGACAAUUGUGAGUGUUCAUGGUUUUUGUCUAUGCUGCUUAGUGGACGUGGACAUCAGUGACUUGCGUUCAAAUGGGUUUUAAGUAACUAAGUUAUUAAUUUAUUUGUUGAUUUUAUUUCGUUUGUUGUGUAGUUAUUUUUAGGGUUUCUACGUUCAGUAUUCGUCUUUUUACGCUUUAUUUAUUUAUUAAGGAUGUACAGGAUGAGUAGCUAGGUAUUGCUUCUUUAGCUGUUUGCAAGGAGUUAAAUCAGCGAUUUUAUUCAUGAAAUAUUUUUCUAUAUGCAAGUAGGAUGUAUUGUAAUGUAUCUAUUAUAUUUUUGUAUUUAUGAAAAAAAUAUUUAGUUAUAUUUACUAAUAA